ACGCUCCCCGACAGUCGUUCAGAGGAGCUCCAGAGGAUUUCAACGCUCUUGUUUUGUUCAAGGAAAGCGUUUCUUUUUCUUUUUCCUUGUCUUUGUUUGGAUAUAAAGCGCGAGCAGAAGCUGGGUUUGUCACUUUUCAGCGCUGUUGUGUUGUGAUCGACAUGGAGACACGACAAAUAAAGCGUCCAAAGUGGCUAAAGGACUGAAUAGGAUUGGUAAGUGAUGUGCCUUUGCAAUAUCUACACAGUCACACUUUAAGCCAGUGUUUUUGGAUACAAUUUUAUGGGGUAGUUUUUCCAGCGAGUUCCCAAAUGAGAUGGAACUGACGCGUUAGUUUACUCAGAAGAGAAAAAAAUAAGAUGUUGAAUCGUUUCUUUGAUUUCUUUUGCCUUCCAUACUCCCUUUCAGUCUUCGUCUGCCUUUUUUUAUCAGUUUAUAUCACACUUUAUUGUAGGGCUGUGAAAUGUAAUUGCAGCCACCGGGUAAAGUCCAGAUGCCAGGCGUUAUUGCUCCCUGCGUAAAACAAAAGGCGUGCGUAAAACCCAGCUGUUACUGUAGUUUAAUAUCACAUGAGUCCAUCUAAACGCUGAAGUGAUUGUGGGUGUGUAAUCAAAUGAGAAAGUUGUCCAUCCUAGAUAUUUGGAGAGGAUCAAGACCUGUGGAUUAAUAUUGUUUUGAUAGUAGUAAACAUUUUAUUCUGUAAUCUUUCAUUGUCUUGUCCUAAAACCCACAGAUGCACAGCUCAGAUCAAAUCCGGAGCAUACAGAAACUCAUCAGAGAAUAAAUCCACAUGUCCCCCUUUGUGCCCUCUCUUGCAGCCUCCUGCUAACCCACCACUCCACCAGAAGCAGAGCUGUCAUGGCCAAGUGGCUGAAAGACUACCUGAGUUUUGGCAGCAGGAAGGUGCCUCCUCAGCCACCCACGCCGGACUACACAGAGAGUGAGAUCCUUAAAGCGUACCGCCUACAGAGGGACUUGGACUUUGAGGAUCCGUAUGAGGACUCUGAAAACAGAUCCAGGGGUGAACCAAGCGCUUCUGAACCUGCCACGCCAAUUUAUGGGUCUCCCAUGAAAACAGCCAGUGUGGACAUGAAAUCCCCCAAACACAGACUGAUCAAAGUGGACUCCCAGGAGCUGGGCCGCACCAAGAUCCUCCUCAGUGCCAUUUCUUUGGAGGACCAGCAAGAGCCUGUAAGAGCUCCAGUUUCUAAGCAUGUGUUUCUUGGUGUUGAGAGCUAAAAGCAGGUGCUGAUAGAUAAUUUUUUUUUAGCGUGGUUGCUCUUUCGUGAAGUGGAGGAAGCAAGUAAGUGGCUGACGAUAAAAACACUCUUCCACUUCUCCCUCAAUCUACAUUCUCGUCUCUGUGACAGCUUUAUUGAUCAGCCUCCAUAAGCAAAAGUCUGGUAAUGUGUGUCACAAAUAUGCUUUGUUUUCAUAAAUCACAUUACAUCCCACGUGGGACAUAAAUUCGCUGCCAUAGAUGGAAGGAAGAAUUAUUGAUGGUUUGAGCGGGCCGUUAAGUCUGAGAGGGUCAUAGUCCCAUGAGUUUAUGUCCUUCCAUAAAUAAUAAAUGGGGUUUGGUUUUGCAAGCUGAGAGAGAACCCCGAAUGUGCACAUGUUGGGGCCCUUAUACAGUGUGUUGUAUAGUGAUACGCCAAGAGCUGCAGGUAUAAUUCAUCCCCUGUCACCAGGACUGCAGAGAUUUCCUGCGCCUGUUGUUUUUUAGGAAACACAGACAGAAAAAAAACAGAAAUAUGUUGAAAGAGCAACUGGAGAAGAAGCAAGAAUUUUACAAGGAGAUGGUCUUCACAUUAAUGCAGCUCACAUAUGCUGAGUAUCUCAAGGAACCUAUCAGGCUUUUCAGCGCCGCAGUUAAAUCCAUGACUCCGCUCAUGGAAAAUGCUACAAGUGCGAAAGUCCUGAAGUGGAUUGAAGUAAUAGACUUAACUCAAGUCGAUAGCUCCCACUCUCUACCCUGCUCUCCUCCUGCUCUCAUUAAUUUCCCAGGCUCUGUGGGAACAUCUGCACUCUAAUUAACAUUGCAGAUUCCUGUGCAUCGAUAGGUAUCCUGUUACCAAAACAACAUGGGAUUAGGAUGCCUUCUUUUUUUUUGAGUGUGUGUGUUUGAGCUAAGCAUAAAUUUGGAAAGGGAGUUUUGUUUCAGCAGGUUUUUUUUUUUUGUCACAGAGAGGAAUGAGAGGAGGGCUUUCAGAUGUGAGUGUAGGUAUGUGUGCAAGAGACCAUAUGGCCGCCUUUGUAGCUGUCAGUGUGCCAGCUGACCAUUGCUUUCCUCCUGUGAUUGCAUGAACGGACAAAUGCUCCCCACCAGCACCCACUUUACUCUGUGGUCUUCACCUAAAAAUCACAUCUACCUCGGACAGAAUGAUUUAUGGCUGCAUUUCAUUUGGCUUAAAAGUAGCAAUAAAGAUAAAAUGCUGUUCCUUUUAAAGGCUUUUAAGAGGGGAACUAUUUUGGGCAGCUGACAUUUGAGUGGUUUUGUAAUGUUGCACACUGAAGGUGCAAAUUAGAGUCCUUAUGAUACUCCGCAAUUGCUCUGGCUGGAGCCAAACAUGUAUUUAACAUGCCACUCAGUGAGGAUGUGAUUGCUUUUUGAGCGCUAUGCUGCUCUCUCUAUCUUAGGUUCUUGAUGAGCUAUUGUCUGUCCAACAAUCUGUCCUUUUAAGUAGUUUUUUCAUGCUAUAGACAAAAACUCCCAGAACUAAAUAUGCAUUAAUUCAAGUGUUUCACGUGUUUCAAGUAGAUGUUUUACAGAAACUAUUUCUGAAAACUGGAUAAAAGUCUUUUUAAUUUGACAUGUGACUGUAAUGUCCACUCCACACUUUUGAACUGAUGAAAAUCACAGCACCAGACUUUUUCUGUGAGGGAACUAAAGCAAGGUGAUGUUCAUUGUCAGAAAACCUUUUUUCUCCUAUAUAAAGAAGUGUGUUUUUUACCUAUAGGUGGUGCCAUCAGCUCCACUGGCAGGAGACACGGAUUAUUCCGACCCCUUCGAUGCUCGCUUGGACCACAGGCCAGAACCAGAUCAUGGACCUGUUCCCUGUGAGAACAACGGCUACAUGGAGCCAUAUGAGGCCCAGAGGGUCAUAACGGGUCAGUGGACUUUUAUUGCUUAUCAGUCCCUAUCUAGUGAGUGUUAUUAUAGAUUUCUGUUUCAGUUAUCUUUCCUCUGCUGCUUCAUUUUUCCACUGACUUACAUGAGCAGACUUCCAAAGGGCUGAUUUCAAACUUUAUACCUGAUACUAAAAGCUGCAAAAUAUUUUAUCGUGUUUCAAGUCACCGAGUCAUGAAUAAUAUAAUGUAAUAUAUUUCUCUUCCUUUCUUUAUAGUUGGGUUUGUCUACCUCUGUUGGGUACUUUAGUCUUAUUUCCAUUUUCUCAGGUCUUUGUUCUAAAAAUACAGCUUUUAAAUGCAGUUCUGCUCAUUAAUUCUAGUUUAAUGAGUCCAUUUGAAAGUACAAAGCACUUCACGUUUCUUGUUCAUCCAAGGCAGACUUUUCCUUGGGCCUCACAAAAAAAACGUCUGUUUUACAGCUGUCUACCUCGUAUCCAGUAUCAGACCCUCCCUCAUCCUCCCCCUGCGAUUCUUUCCCACAUGAUCCAGCCACAUCUAUCGUUUUCCAUUUGUCUCUCCUCCCAUAACAUCUCUGUCUGCCCCUUUCCCCUGCACUCUUACUGCUCUGUCUCGGUCAUUUAGUGUAAAAGCCCCCCCCCUCCUCCAAUUCACUAUCUCUCCUCAUCUCAAGGGCUCUCCCCAGCCCUGAGGGAGGUCUAGCUUUCAUACUCAUCUGUCUUUCACCAAAUUUUCGGACCUGUCCUCCCCUUUACCAUCACCUCUCUGCCAUUUUUGGUGAUCAAAUGAAGUUGGCAGAGUGAGAAUAAAAAGGAAAGGUGAAUCUCAUUUUUUUUUUCCCAGACAGAAUAAGAUAAAUCUUUUCUCUGCGGCUAGAUGAAGCCAUUGGAGAGAUGAGAUUUGUGUGGCUGAUGGCAGAGCAUUUGGCGAAGCAUUGUCUCGGCUCUUUCUCUGACUUUGAAUUGGCGCUGUCACUUCAGGGCUGUCUGUCUGCCUGCUUUUGUCUGUCUGUCUCUUUGUCAGUUGUUGCUGUUGGAGCCACAGCAGAGCUGCGAAGACAGAUGUGAGAUUGGAAUAGUAAUUAUUUCUCACAAAGACUGUCCCAACACCUACGUUUUUUUAAACAUGACUUUAGGAUAAAAAAAAGGAAACAUCUUUAGCUUAUUUUUUACUUUAUCAGGAAAAUGACAAGCCUCCAUUUCCUGCAUCUGUAAACCCAACACUUUUCAGUCCACCCAUCCCCAUUUUCCUCAAUUUCUAACCCCUGUCACCUUUCUACCAAAUUGCUAUUUCUCUCCCCCUACUCCUGCAUCAUGUUUCCCAUGAAUUUCUCAUUUUAUUUCCUCCAUGCCUGUUUUUAUCUCCCCCACCUUCAUCUUCUCCAUCUUCAAGCUGCCACUGACACUGCGGGCUCCCAACGCAGGUAGAGCAGCAUUCAGCCUCACUGUGCCUCUGUCUCAAUGACUUAACAUCAAACGAUGACAGACUCCCCCACCCCCCUCACCUUACUCCCGUCCCUGUCCUCCUCCACCAUCACCCCGCUCCUCCCCUUGCUUCCUCAGUGUUUUCUUCUCCUUCUCCUGUUUCUCUCUCUUCUGCUUCUUCUUACUCCUUUCUUCUUCUUUUUUCUCACCACUCUUUCCUUAAUAACCUCAGGGCCUUUCCCCAGGGUUUCCACUUGGUCGUCAUGGUGACUACAGGGUGUCAUAUCGUGUGAAGGUUAAAGUUUUCUCUGCCUCUCGCUGUAAACCCUUCCAUUUAGUCCUCUUCCUCUCACAUGAGUGCACGGCUGUUGGCUGCGUACAUAAAAGAUGCCUACUCUGUUUUCUCUUACACUGUUUUUAAAGGGUACAUUUUUGAGGUAAACAAACAUAUCUGAGAGCCGUUGGUUAUUACAGAGCUUCCAUUGACGCCUUCAGAAAUCUGAUUUCUACCUCUUGCAUUUGUCAAUAAUACAAAAGCCCUUUAUCUCACGGCCACAUUUGACUCCACACAAGAGUCUCAGGUGCUGAGAAACCUGUCUGUCUUGGAGUCCACUGAGAAUUUGAUGAGAAUUCGAAAAAGGCAACAUGGAUGCUGUUGUGUGCAGUUUAAGAUUGCUGCUGGGAUUCAUGAUGGACUAAAGAAGGGGGGCUGGGUUUGUCAACAGUGUUGCUACUCAGCAUCAGGCCCACAGCCUCGUUAAGCCCCUCUAUAUGAGAUUUUGAGCCCAAGGCAAGCUGUGCAAACAUCAUUUGUCUCUCUCUUCUAAUUCAAGUCAUGUCAGAGCUCAACAGGCUUUUUGAUUUACUCUCCAGUUCAGGAUAAUGCCAAUGUUAUGUUUAGGGAACGUCAGAGUCACAGGCAAAUAAUUGCUUUAUGAUGCUCAUUUUUUGUACGCAACACAUCCAAGAAGAUCUGAAUUUCUGCAUACAUGCAUGAUUGAAUAUCUGCUAUUUGGCAUGUGUGUCAACAGAGCUGCAGCGGGGACCAGGAGGGGGGCGAGCGCGGGGCGGAGUGCAGCUCUACGACACCCCCUAUGAAGACGAGCGAGGUCAGCGCCUGGGUUUUAUGUAUGGAGAAGCCCAGGAGGAGGGCAAGGAGAGCAGCAGGCUGCCGCAAGAUGAUGAGCGACCAGCUGAUGAGUAUGAUCAACCCUGGGAAUGGAAGAAGGACCACAUUUCCAAAGCUUUUGCAGGUCAGUGGAUAAUUUAUAAAGGCACUUAAACAAAGAGAUGACAAAAAUGAAGGAAAAAAGAUUGAUAAACUCCUGCUCCCAUAGAGUUUUGGAUGAAUACCCCACAAUUAUUCCAGACUUCUUCUGGUCAAUUUUAGAAGAACAUGGUGGUAUCUUUUGCCAAAAUUCCUCAGAAAAUCCAUUUUUGAAAAAAGUUUGGUGAGUUUUUUGCUUGAACGCUGUGGAGUUAUCCUUCAUUUUAUGCCUAUCAUGACUUUUUACACACAGUAUGUGUCCAUGAUGUUUCAGAGGCAGUGAACCACCUCAUGGGAACUUUUUAUACUUUCUCAGUUCAUAGCUGCCAGGCUUACUUGGUAUUCAGCACUCCAGAGAACCUUUUUUUACACUCCAGGUGAAAUCAGGAUGGUUAACCAGUAUGCAGAGACAGAUUUUUUUUUAAUAAACCCAGAUAAAGACAGGAGCUGCCAUAGAUACACCUAAGGCAUCUCAUGAAGAGAGUCAUUCAACAGAAACAAUGAAAAUGGUGAAGACCAGGCUCAAAAAGUGCUGUUUUAAAGGUCAAAGUCCUCCCAGGAGCACACAGAGUGCCAUGCUGCUGACGGUACAGACAGUGCCGAAACCAUCAUCCAGCUUUCCUGACCUUUAAUGUAGUGCCUGCCCCCCCAUCACCAAAGCUUUUUUUUUUGUCAGAUAUGGGGGGAGCUGUGACCUUCACUGUCUCAGCUCAAAUGACACAAAUCUUUCUCUUUCUUUUGCCACAUUCAAACACCUUCCUGUGACUAUUGAUUUUUUCCUCUUGCACAAGUGACAGGUUAGAGUCACUACAACCUCCAGGAUGAUCAUUAGAGCUGACAGAGAUGUCUUGUGCGUGUUAACAAAAGAGAGAGCGAUAUAGUAGAUGUCUUUAGAAGUUAGCAGUGGCAGUGAACUGAAGGCACAAUCAUUUUCUUGCAUCAUCAUCACAUCAGCGGUAUUUAGAAAAAUAAUUGGCAGAGUGCACGCACUAUUUUUAAAGUUGCACUGUCAGUGCAUGUCACAUCCCAUUAUGUGCCAUCUGCAGAAAAUAAUUGGAGGUAGAGAGAGGAUGAAGACGAAGAAGAAGUCAGAGAAACUGCAGCAGACUGAUGGCUCAUUUAGGAGUGGAUCAGUGUGAGGCACGCCUGGCCAAGUCCUCUUAAUUGAGCUGCAUCUGCAAGUCACAGAGGUCAAGGUGAUGGGAUAAUAAAUCAACCUUGGCUCCUUUGCACUCCCCUCCAUUCUGCUCACCUCCCUUUCUCUUCUCCCUGUCCUGCGUGUACCCCCCUCUCUUCUCAGUUAAUUACAUGCCUACAUGUGCAUGACUGAUCCAGUGCUAAUAAGAGUCAUGGUCAGCAAACCGGUGCCUGAGCAGACACACCUACACAAACCUACACACACACACACAGAUAUAUAUCCAUUCAUUCCAGGUUCAUGCUUAAAUCACAUUAACAGCAGGAGCAGAGAAAGAGACACCGUAACUUAUUGGAGAGCGGGGAUGAUUUUAAAAGGGUGCAUGACAGUUAAUUUAAAAGCCAAUAUCCCCUCUCACCUACUUAGCGCUCAUUCCUGCUCUAUCUGUGGUUUUUCCUCCUCUCCGGUCCUUCUCUUUGUACCACAUACUGUACGCACUACUUCAGGGGAGCGCUUACAGCACCAUUAGAAGAGGCAGUGGAGGAAAAUGCUUGCAUGGCUUGAGUUGUCUGACCCCUUGUUUUUUUCCAUUUGGAGUCAGCACUCUGAGCUGGCGUGCUGGCUGUUGGAGCCGACCAAAGCAGUGAAGUGUAAACACACAAACAGUAUUUUCCAUUCUCACAUUUAAUCCAUAUUCCCAGACCCACUCGAUGUUGCUAGGCACGACCCACAUGUGAGGGGAGCAUGGAGGAAAGGAUGAAGCUGAAAAAGAGAUGGGAAGAGGGGCAAAACAGAUAGAGGAGGUAUGAGAAACGGGGAUGGACGGAGAGAGAGAGAGAAUGGAUAUAGAGGCUCCAGAGAAAGCCAGACAGAGAGAGAGGGAUAUAAAGGGAUGUCCAAGGUUACUGUAUGUUUGGUGGCAGCUCAAUGGAUGUUUGUGAGGGCCCCAAUGCCUCAGAGGGGAGGGGCGUCAGGGAGAAUUAAUAGUCGGGGGCUGUGGUGAGGUGAGGAGGAGGGAGAGGGAAAAGGGGGAGUCAGGGCCAUUGUGGUAGGGUGCAAUCAGUCAUCCGCUAACACAGGCACACUCUCUUACACAUAAGGCUGCAGCGCUGACAGGGCUGUCCCCACUCCCCCCCGCUUUCCCUCUCUCUCCCGAGGAUGUGACACACUCACUAAGAUAACCCGCUGCAGGGUGCAGAGAGGGACAUCACAAUCUGCCAGCAGCCCCUCAUCAUCACCUACACAAAGGCUCACACACACUUGUAUACGUGUGGAUUCUCAGCUCGAUAUUCCACCGCUGAUUAUCAAGCAGCUAAUUGAAGGGUGAGAAGAGGUUGUGUGCAUGUUGGUGCAAAUGAGUGUUGUGAGGGUGUAGAGGCGGCGGAGGGGGGUUUGGGGGCUUGACAGUGUGGCUGCUUCACAUCCUGGAUGUUAUUGUGCACCUGAACAUAUAAUUUUCACAGCUUAUUCAGGCUGCAUUUUACGUUUUGCUGCUAAAAUACAAAUGUGAUGUAAAAAAACAAACAAAAAAAAAGCUGUCCUCUAAAUUUAUUUCCUGUUGGCUUUGUUGGGAUGCACCGAUCCAAUAUUUGGAUCGGAUAUCGGCUCCGAUAUUGACAAAUUAACUGGAUCGGAUCAGAGCAAUGGAUUAAACAGAGUGGCGACAACUUCAGAUCUCGCCGCCGGAGCGGUCACGUGGUUCAUGUACCCCUCCAUAGUUCCAAAGCAGCCUGCACUGUCCAUGCUCUUCAAUGGGGCAGACUGCAGUGAGCGCGCAUUUAAGAGGUAAAUAUUAAAAUUAACCGUAAAAAGUCAACAUUUGCAACUCUUAUUGGAUUACUGUAUACACGUCAAAGUCACGUACGUAUAUUUAGCGGCUGGAUGACAAAUAAAAGUGAAAUAAGACAAGUUUGGUAACGCGUGUUACUUUUUAAUAAGAGAAAAUAAUACAAUAAAGUGGUAAGUCAGAGGUGUUACAAGCUGUUUAAACAAUUGUACAAUGUUUUGGUCUUGCAGCAUGGCCUGCAUAACAUUUUUUCAUGUUAAACAUACGCCUUAAAUGCUGACAGGAUUUAAAAAGUAGCGGCCCCUUUACGCUAUCAUCCCAUAAGCAGAAAUCAAAUUACAUAGCACUUAUGUUAGUCUAAAAAGAAUAAAUUGCACAUAACAUCGGGAACUGAUAAAGGCUGAAAUCUAAAAUAAAGCCCAUAAGUAACCAUCUCAACAUAUGAUUGAUGAUGAUGAUUCAUCUGUGAUUCAUAACUCAGUCACACAAUACAUUUUGGCAGGCCUCUACAGCUGACGACGUCCAGCUAGCAGGCCGUGGCUAAAAAAUCGAUCCCAAUUCCUCACUAAAAAAAGGGAAUUACAUUUGUAAUUACAAUUUGAGCAUACUAAAAUUAAAAUCAUUUUACAUAUAAAGGGGUCCCCCGAUACCAUUUACACACGUAUUGGCAUUACAUUCGUUGAUACAAUAUUUUACCUCGGGGAGUGUGGGAGCAAACCGUGGCUAAAAAAUCGAUCCCAGUUCCUGACUAAAACAACGUAAUUACAUUUGGGAUAUACAUUUUUACAUAUAUAGGGGUCCCCUCGAUAUCAAUAACACACGUAUUGGCAUUAAACUUGUUGAUAUUUUAUCAUUUAACCUCAGUGAGUGCUUGCCUUGUGGCCACAGAAGUGAACGGCGUCCGAUGUGACAGGCGGUCAUGUUGGAACUAACAAGCGUUCCAUAACCCGGAAGUGGGGUCCGCCGGGCUGUUCAGCGUAUGUCUAUGGGAGUGUCGCCACUCUGUUUAAUCAACCACUCUGGAUCGGAUAUCUGAUGAAUGACGCCGAUCCAGCAUUCCGAUCCAGUCUGUUUUUUCUUUUAAUCAAUAUUAUACACAGCAACACAGCGAUUCUGUUUGCUCUUUAUUCUAUGUCUGUCUACCCUUUUGUACUAAAUGUUUACAUGGAAGUCUUACUUCUUUUUGCUGUGUGCUAAUGUGCAAUUUGUUUAUAAUUAAUAUUAAGUAAAUCUAUAUCUGUUUUAAUUUGUUACCAAUGUCAAACCUGAUGCCUUCACUCACAGGGUAAGGUAUACAGUUCAUUCAUUCAACAGCAGUAUUGGAUCAGUAUCGGAUAUCGGCUUAUACACUCGGUAUCGGUAUCUGACUGGAUCGGGAAAAAAUGGGUUAGUGCAUCUCUACUUUGGAGUCCACUUCAGCCUGUUCCAUUAGGUUGAGCCCUGCAGUGCCUGAGGGGUCAGACCUGUCAGGCCUCUCUUAGUCCUGCAGGGUUUGAAUUACAGCAUUUGAAAGCUGCCACAAGUCACAGCAUCCACCUCAAAUUACUGCUCUCAUUAAUUCGUGAAAAGUCAAUACACAGCCCGACAGUGAAAUAUGGGCCCUACACCCACUCAGCACCAAUUAGUGUGCUAAUGAAAGGCGCAAUUUCAUUAUCAAUCCAAUGACCACACCUUAAUGAACAGAUAAAUGAGCAUUUUAUGCUUUUUUUUUUUUUUUUUUAAGUUUUAUGGCCAAGUAGAAAAGCUCAGGGUCAUUUGAUGCUGAUGAUGGUCAUUCAGAGGGAGUGUAUCAUGAUGAGGGAGUUGCGAGUCAGCUGGAAGUCUGGGUGGGCAAGUUGAAUGGAAAUGAAUGAAUAAGACUGCAGCCCCCAGCAAUUACUAUUAUGGUGCCAUUGAGUGAAGCACUUACCCUCCACUUGUUCCACCGCAGCUGCUCAUUAGGCAGCAACAGACAGGAGCUAUAGAGGGAAGCUGCUGAAUCUCAAUGUGUGUAUCAUUAAAGUAAGAGGGGAGUGGAGAAGAAGUUGUAGCGAGACAGGACGGACGUUCACGUCUACCUUGGGAUGAAUUGUGAAACAGUUUGGGUGAUCUUGUUGACUUUUCAUUGAGCAGACCAUUAGGUUGAUGUGCAACUCUUUGUUUCUACCAGCCUCACUUCAUUGGACGUAUUAGUGUACUAAACUAAGAUGCUGCCUCACUGUAAUAAACACAAGCAUGUUGAUAAUGCCAUUGUUAGCUGUUUGCAUACUGAUGUUAGCACUUUACACAAAGAAUGGCUGUUCUUUCAGACUUCACAUUGGCGCCAUAGACUUUAUAUAGAAUGGACACCGUCUGCCUCCUCACUGGGUGAAGCCACGGCAAGAACAGCUCUGGUGAUGGGCUACAGUAAAGCUCAUAAAUCCUGCCUCUUCCAGCAAUCCCUAUGGAACUGUGGACAAACUUUAGAAAUUUAUUACACAGAUUAUAAAUUAUUAUUAUUAUUAUUUCUCCCCCCUGUUUGCGAUGUUGACGUGUAGUUACUGUAAGACUGGUUUGUGCUCAAUUCCUCUUUUUUCUGUACAGCUCUAUUUUUAAAAGUUAUUAGGGGGUUCAUGUUUCUAUGAUUGACAUUUGAUACAGCCUAUGGGCGUACGAAGAUUGCGUCACUCACCCGGGGGAUAUGCUGUUUGAGCCAAGCGUCAUCACAGUGACUCUCCCAUCGAACACGUACAAUGCUCCUGCGCAAGUGGUGAAGUGCGUACAACACUACUGCACAAUGUUGGUUUCAGGAAGUGGAGAAAAAACGCAGAAGAGAGCUUUUCGGCUUCAAAUCCGUAUACUGGCGGAAGGCGGAACCAAGUUGUCCAUAGUAAAUACAGUCUAUGAUUGGCCCGUAUAAAACCAUAGACAUAAAAGCUGCUGUUCUGAGUGAAUAGGUCAUCCUCUGACUCCUCCAUGUUGACAAAUGGAACAUGGCUUAAACUAGAAAGUAAAAAUCAAGUGAAAACUUUUUUUCUCAGACAUGCUUUCAGUUAUAAUAUAACUAUUUCUUCUCAAACUCAUUUAUGUUGAAGUGUUUGUCUGUUGGAGACGCUAAGUUUCAAUUGGUUGUCUGAUGUUUAAGAAAAAGAUUGAUUGACUGCUCUGUUGUUGUGGCUAGAGGAGGGAUGAGCACCAACACAAGAGUCACUGAAUAUUACAUUGCCAAAAAUGUCUACUGUUUUUGUAAAUAUACAAUCAAAUAUCGACUGAUUAAAUUUCUCUUUUGUUGUCUGUUGGUUGCUUAAAGAUGCUCACAGCGACACCUUGAUAGCUGGCCCUUAUGUACGUCUGCUGUGUCACGUUGUCUGGAUACAUGUGCUCUGUCAGCACAGUACAUGGGUUCCUGGGCAAUUCUGUGUGUGCCUGCCCACUCUCACACCUGUGUGUAAUGUGUAUGUGUGUGCAGACAAACAUGUGAACCAAGAAAUGGAAAAGAAAAUGAGAUUUUCUUUUCUGGUGAGAUGCUGCUCUCUGUUGCUCUAAAGAGGCCCUGGGGGCAUCUGACCAGGUUCUUCAUCAAUUUGCCAGCACAGAGGAACGACCCUUGUCUCUCUCUCUCUCUCUCUCUUUCUUUCUCUCUCUCUCUUGCUCUCUUUCUCUUGGUGUUACAUGCUCUCCCUCCUCACGCUGCCUUUCUUCCUCCUUUAACGUGAACCUUUGCUGACAAUAAUGAAAAGGCAUGUCCUUUGUGAUUUCCUCAUGCCAACCAAAAUGAAGGGAGGAAGAAAGGAUGAUGACGGUAGAGUGGAGCACAAGGAGAAAGGGAAUACUGAAAAAAGAGAUAAUGCCCCACUUAGAGGAAGGUGGGUGAGAGCGGGGAGGUGCAAAAAGAAGGAUGUUGAAUAGAGAGAAAGACGGUGAGAGCAGCGUGAAGCCACAGGGGAAUGAAUAUGAUGAACGUCUGGAAAAUGGAAACACAGACAAGAUUGUUCAUAGAUUAGGACUCUACAGUAAAAAUCAUAAUGGGAUGGAUUUGCUUUAUGAAAUAGAAACCUGGGCGGAUGUGUGGAUGUUUUUCCUCCCUUUCUGGCAUGAGGUGUUAAUCAUCUGUCCUUAUGGGGACCAUUUUACCCAGCAGAAGGUCUUUGUGUGCAGAGAGAAGACGGGAUGCCAGUGCGGUUUGAAAAACAGAUGUCUUCAUUAAUGGCCCCAAUCAAGCUGCUCUAUUGUCUUUGUCUGCUCCUCCUUUAUUGCAACGACAGCGAAAACAGCUGGUGUGCUUGAGAAGUCAGUAAUCCGUCACUCAUGUCAAUGUCUACAUGAACACGGAAAGGAAAACAAAGUGUGCGCUCUCCUCUCCCUCCCCCCCGUUCGAUAAUCUCUGGUAAUUGUUAGCAGGUAGCAGAGGCGCCAGACACAUGUGGCAUUUUGGCAGACCACAACUCACUGAAUUGCCAUCAUCUCAUUUAUUACUCUUGGUAAAAUGAUAGAGGAAUCUGAUUAGAAUAAUCCUAAUUUGUUUUUAUAUUUAUAAAUGAGCAAAUGCUGCAGAUUUUAAGUACCCAUCACAUCAAUACAAAGAAUACACAUCAUGAACACACAUCAUGAAUGUGAGCUCUGAGCUUUGGUGUUAGUGCGCCUUUGUCCGUAAACCAUCAGUGCGUCUCAUUGUCCUGUAUUUGAGAACAAAGAGCUUGCAGCCUUCAGUGUGUGACGGAUCCACAGGUCCCCAUUAGAAGUGAAAGAAAGCCAGAUGUUGCCCACUAGUGAAUGACUGACAUGCUGUGAUUGUGUGUGUGUGUCUGUCUGUGUGUUUGUGCCAACCAAGUAGUCAGCCAGUAGUCGCUUUAGGUUUGUGUUUUUUGCUGUUUGGGGUGAGCUGGCUUUGUUCCAGUCUGAUUCCCCAAUUUAAAAAAAAAAAAAAACACAAUGACCCUCUAUUGUAUAUUUUGACAGAAGGAGGAAUGAUGCAUCAUAAGCCCCAUGAUAACAUUGCAUAUCAAAUCAAGGUGUGAGUUGUAGGGUCCAACCAAUUUGAGAUCUUAAUAAGAAACGUAAACUGAUGUAUGAGGAAGUGAUGCACUGCUUGAUAGCAGGAUAACGUCUUCCUGUAAUGACCACAAGAAAAAACUGUUCGCUUUUGGUUGAGAAAACACAGACUGUACAAAAUCAUGGAUGGAAUAACAGCGACCUAAACGAAGCCCAAACUUGACAGCCCAGACUGGCAACAGUAAAGAUCUCAAAGCUUACAUAUCCCAUUCAAACAGAUGGUUGUAGAAAUUUUUACUUUAACUUUAAAGUCGUCGAUUUUUCCAUGUCUGAUCUUGUGCUCCUUGAUCCAGGAAUCUGUGAAUUAUACAAACUUGAGGAAUCUUUGCUCUUUUAUUGUGUUUUUUGAUCAUAAGUCUGUUCCAAGACUUCACCAGACAGAUUGCUUCUGCGCGUGCCUUGGCUCCAUUUGUAUCUGCUAUAUCCUUGUUUCACUUUUUACAGUAGAAUCGAAAUAGAGGUGCUUCGUCUAUAUUGAUAUACAGUCAAUGGAGAAAACUGAGAAACUUGGGUCAGUAAAGAUGAAUGGAUGAAACUACCAAAGCAGACACAGUGAUGAAAAACCCAAACAAACAUUAGCAAAUCAGAUGAAGCACUGGAAACAACUAAAGUUAUGUCAAAAGUUUUGUAGUUUUUGAUUUCCACUUAUGCGACAUUCAAAAAUCAGGAUUCCAUUAGAUUAGAGUUAAACAGCCAACUGAACACUUUCAUCUCUGUCAGAACAACCAUACCUGAGCUUAUCUCCUGCUCAAAUGGUUGUGCACAUAUUUGAUUAGCGAUAAAUUGUCUUCACUUGCCUUAUCUUUCUGUCUCUCUCUCUCCUUUCGCUCAUUUACACCCCCCCUUUCCAUGACUCUCUCUCAGUUUUGCUCGAGAACCAGAGGUGUGAAAUGUGUUUUGGUGGCGAGCGGACAGGCAUCACAGUUAUGGUGUUACAGGAUCUCAGGUGUGUACAUGUGCAUGUGUCCUAUUCAGGGGUUGCCUGGCCACGCUUUAAUCCUGGCCUCAGCCGAGGUGCAGCCCGCUCCAGAUGGGGCCAUUGUACCACGCCGUGCAUCAAUAAUUCACAGAGAGCUACAGAAAGUGGCGGAGUGUGUCUGCCUGUUUAAUAAUUAACCAGGGAGGGGAGAGCGACGUGUAUGUACAGCCCGGGUCCCUCUCCAAACGCCCAUUCAAAUGGCCUUUGAUGUUGCCGGCCUGGGGGGUCUUUGGAUUUGUCGGCUCAUUAAGACAUCAUCCCUCUUUUCCUUUUAUUUGUUUUGUAAUCUGUUUUCGCUGUGAGCGGGAGCUGAAUGUAAGGUGUGAAAGUGGCAUAAUGUGUGCGUGUGAAAGGCAGCAGUAAUGACUCUUUCACUAGAUGCUUUCCUGCCAUGGUAGAUAAUGAGCUAUUUUCAGUCCGGUCUCACAGUGCACCUUCUGCCGCCCUCCUACUGUAGGUAACACAGUGACUCCAGCCUCCUCUGCCCCCACGCUCCUCCUGUCAGACUGCACUGUGGGUCGAAGAGCACCAGAAGUCAUGUUUCUUUUUCGCUUUGUCUCCUGCUACGAGACAGCUCCUUAAAGUGGAAUCCUUCAGAUGACUAUAAAUAAUGCAGCCUCUGACUUCAUCUUCUUUCUGUCUUCAGCCUUAUCUCGCUUGAUAAAUAAUCAUAAAUCAGGAAGACGAGUAGUACAGUAUGUUAUGACUCUUUAUGACAGGAGGUAGAUACAACCACGAGUCAUGUCAACACAACCCCACCACAAGCACAAAGACGACUUUGAACAGACUUUUUUCUCACUUUUACGACUCUCUCUCCUGAUCACACCCGAUUUCACUCUCAUCUUAAAGUCAUCACCAUGUCUUGCUCGCAUCUGUAACUUAACUUUUCCUCGAACCCAUCUGUAGUUUUCUCACUCUGCUGCACCCCUUUUGUCCUCCUCCCCACUCCCUUCCCCUCUAUUAGAAAUGAGGGAGAUGUCGGAGCUGCCCUGGCCUGCCCCAGUGGGUCAAAUGGAGGAGGAGCCCCCCGUCAGAGAGCAAGGUGAUCUCUCACCCUAAACACAACCCAACCCCCCUCUUUUGCCUCCCAUUAACUCCCCAAAGACACACACACAUGCACCGUCACUUUGACCGUAAUGACCCAAGUUGUUGUCCUACAUCUGCUCUCCCUCAGUCUAAAACCCCCAGAGGCUUGCAUCUGCUCCACCUGCAUCUGUCCCCGCCUGGUAGAGUUAUUGGGUUGACAGGAUUUUGGGUUUAAAGCUCUCCCCCUUUACCAUGUUUCACUCUCGCUUCAACCAUGCAUAAAAAGCUCCCUGGAAAUUAGAAAGUCUGUCUUGUUCAUGUUAGGGAACUAAGUGGUGCGAUAGUACUCUUAAUGUUUAAUUACAAGGUCUGAUUAUUGAUUUUUUUUCUUCUUUUUCUUUCUAAAAUCAUCCUCAAAAGGGGUAAAUAACUCUUCAAUUUGAGCAUGCAAUUUUCUACAUAAUCGGUAGUCAGUGUAAAAGCAGUCUGCAGCGUUGUCUAAUGGAAAACAAAGAAAAGCAAAAGAGCCACCCAGGGAGAAGGCCAACUGCCUCUAGCUGCCCUCAGAGCUGCAUAAGCAUAUUGAUGAUGGCGAUUGUGAUGAUGCUGAUAGUUUUGCACUCAGUCAGACCGUGACUUUGCUUCCUCUGGGUUGACCCAUCCAUCAGAGGUCUCUUUGCAGCAUGCAUGGUUUUGUAAUAGCUGGAUGUCUCAUGUUUACCUGAGCCUUGCUGAGGUUUAAUCCCUUUUGAUCAAAGCACCGUGUAAAUAGUGUGACUCACUUUUUCUUUCCCUAUCCGCCAAAAGUGCAGUUUGACGGCGCUGAAUGGGACCGCUCCUCGUCACCCACCGAGAGAUUGCGUCCUCCAGGACCCAGGUCCAGCCCGCUGGCAGGAGGGGGAAUGAAGUUUCGGAUGCCACAGGAGGGCCUGUCCAUGGUGGGAGAGCGUGUGGAUCCUACUCUGCCUCUGGAGAAGCAGGUGUAUGUAAUCAUUCUGCUGUUUCAGCUCACAGAAGUGACAUGAACUUAUAUAAGUUUAUGUCAGAGUGUGGUGCACAACUUAGUCAAAUUUUAAUCAAAUGAAGAGGCUUAUAUGCCGUAGCACCAGGUGAUUUUGAUAGUGAAUGUUUGAGUGAAGCUGUCACCAUAGAGUUGACUACCCCAACCCUUAACAUUAAAACUUAAGGACAAGGUAUAAGCCUGUCUAAGGGGCACUCACACCAAGUACGAGUGAAAUCAUCUACUCGCUUAAUUCACGCGGAUCUAGAUGUGUGAAUGAAUAGUUUUUACUCACUUUAUUCGCACGUCAACGUUAAUUUCAAUGGUAACCCAUGCCGACGGGAUCAAGUGAUAGACAAAGGUUUUUUAUAAUUUACCAGGUAAUCCGACCUCUUCACUCACUUGCCUCCAGGCGAGCUCCUUUUUAUUCCGAUUUCGGUAUUUGAAAGAAAAGGUAUCACAUAAUUUGGGGCACCGACACACCGACACGAUCGUUUUGUCCUCCAUUAUUGAUACCAGUGAACAACCGUCCAUUUUCAUACGUCACCUAGCAACCUUCGUGCUAAUUAGUUAUCGCGACGCGAAUAUCCGCUCAAGUUGAGACAUUUCCAGCUCACGCCCAAUUCGCAUCAUUCUCACCACCAGAGUCGUACGAGUCUAAUCCUGUCUUUGCAUUGACUUAACAUGUAAUUCAUUUGCACGAAUGAUUUUACUUGCGCUUGGUGUGUGGAGACAGACAGAAUUAAAAUGCAGUCACAGAGCACUAAACACUGGGUAUUCCUGGUAGAAUAAGGUGUAAGAUAUAGAAAAUAUGAAAGUAUAGGAAGGUAUUUUCCCUGAAACAUAAUUCUAGGCCAUGAUAAUUUAAUACAUUAGAAAACAUAGACCAUGCAAUUACUUAUGCAUUUAAAUACCAUUUGCAUAAUUUAUCAAUCUCAGUCAGCUGUAAAUGUGUCUGCAGAGCCGUCAUGUAUAUACAUUCAUCCCUCAGUGUAACAGAAGAGAUUUUGCAUGCAAGUGGUAGAGAACAUGACUGUACGUCACACAAAUUAAGCCGACUAUCCAUUUUCUCAGACGGCUUUGAUCCUGUUAGGGCGCGGUCACAAUAAAACAAAACGGUUAUGUGUUUUGUGGAAGCAGCUCUCAUCAGACCUCACACAAGUGGGAAAGGUUGGAAUAAGGACUAAUUAAGUCAGAACACUGAAAACACACAUUUACUCUGGUCUUGUAAUUUCAGACAUCAUUGGUGUAAUUUAUGUGUAGUUUCUGUGCACAUAAAGGGCUGUUUUACUAAUGAAAUCCAAGCACAUCACACCCUUUAAGCACACAUUUGCAUGCACUCACACUGAGUUGUGCUCACAAACACAUACGUGUGCACAAAUUAACUUGAGGAUGGUGUUGAUUAUUAUGCCCCAUUACAUCCUAAUGAUCUCCAAAGGGCUUUGUGUGAGAUUUGUGCUUAUCUCCAUCUCUGUUUGCAAAAGAAAAAAUAUCAGUAAUGUAAACCUUUAGCGUUAUGUAGACUUUGCCUGAUCAAGCCCAAAGAAAUCUAAUUUUCAGCCAAAAUUUAAAUUCUUAAAAUGUUUGUUUUAUCACCAAAAAUCUGCUAAACCAACAAUAUUCCUUUUAGCUUUGGCUUUACUUAGUUUUAAAAGAUAAUAAGGCGCUUUACAUGUCUGAUAUGUUAAGCUAAGUACAGUGGUCCUCAGUCCACAGUCCUCGAGCCCCCCCCAUCCUGCGUGUUUUAGAUGUUUCCCUGCUCCAACACACCUGAUUCAAAUGAUCAGCUCGUUAUUAAGCAAUUUCAGAGCUUGAUAACGAGCUGAUCAUUUGAAUCAGGUGUGUUGGAGCAGGGAAACAUCCAAAACAUGCAGGACAGGGGGGCUCGAGGACUGGACUUGAGAACCACUGAGCUAAGACAAUAAACAUAGUUACCCUGAAGGUGAUAGCAUAGUAAGUAUUCAGCUCAAAGUACCUCUGCACCAAAACUGCUUGCAUGGCUGUAGACUUUGCGCCCUUUAUGAACUUUUAUUCAAGUUUAGUGGUUUACUCCAUGAACUGAUGAACGUAGCAGCAGCAGUGAGUGGUGGCUCAAAUUCAAAACACAGCUCACUGACUAUCAAUUACGGUUUACUGCCAUUAAAGAAUGUCAAGAGAAGCCAUUUUUUAUUUGAGGAUUAGGUUUUUAUUGUGUAAUUUUUGAAUGCAAAGUUAUAACAGUGCGUAAAAAACUACAGUUCAACAAAUAAUGUGCACAUGGUUAAUGUUACAUGGAAGAGAGUGACCAAUAAUAUAAUUAUCAUCUUAUGGAAUGAAAUCAGAGUUUCACUCUUGUGUUGAAUCCAAACAUAGUUGUAAUUUCCCCUGAUUUCACCGUUCUUACUGUAUCCUCUUGUGAUUAUUUUCUCUUUCUCAGAUGGUACCAUGGUUCCCUGUCACGUUCAGAGGCAGAGUCGCUGCUAACGCUGUGUAAAGAGUGCAGCUACCUGGUGAGGAACAGUCAGACAAAUCGCUCUGACUUCUCUUUGUCCCUGCGGUAAGACAUGAAUACAUCCUUAAAACACACACACACAGACACACACAUACACAAACCACAAUAAGACCAGCAAACCCCUGAGGAGCUUCAACAUAGCUCUCCAAUAAACAACUUUACCGUUAAAUUGCACUCUUUUCUUCUACUGCGCCACUGAGGAGUUUGAGCGAAGAGUGUGUGGACCCACCUGAGCUACUGAUCUCAUAUCCCAGUCUCUCCUCCUCUCCAUCUGUCUGCCCCUCCCUCCCUUCCUCACCCCCAUUCAGGAUCACUACCGCACUGAUUUCUCUCCCAAUACUCAUUUGCAGGGCACAAUACUGCUUAUCUGGUCAAAUCUCUCUUGUAAUUACGACCAUGAUCCAUCGUGCCUGCCCCACACCACUCUCCCAUCAUCCCUCUGUCCUCUCCCCACCCUUGGCUCCUCUCUCUGUGGCCUUCCUCUUCAGCCCCCAGCGGGCUUUCUAAGUGGUAAUCAGGCAGGUAGAGCACACUUCAGUGCACACAUCAUCCUCCCCAUAAUCACUAAUGAAUAUGAAUUACAGUCUGUGGGCCACACAAGAAGGGAAUAAGGAAGAGUGUGUGUGGUGGGGGGGUAUGACUGGAGUGUCACUGUGUUGUGCUGACAUAUAAACAAGCUCAAGCAUUACUCAUUUACAUGGGCAGAGUGAGUUUGACACACACACCCACACACACACUUGUUCAUGCAACAAGGUCACUGCUAGAUCUGGUUCCCCAGAUGGUGCACACAGUAAUAAAAAAAUCUCGUAAAUAUUUACAAAACUUACCAUCCAUGUGUAAUUAAAACUAUUUUUAGCUCAAACUCAACCAAAAACAUCAUAAAACCGUCCAAAGUUUCCUAAAAUAAUUCAAAGUCAGAUAUCCAUUUUGAUAUUAUCAUCCAAUUUGUUGCUCAAAGAGGGAUAACCAGCACCUUUAUGGGCUGCCUUUGUUUUUUCAUAACAUUGUUGUCUAUGUUAUGCCAGAAUGUCCUUAUAUUUUAAAUUUUGUCCUUCUUUCUGUUGUCGUUCAAUGCUCAAAUCCACAUAUCCCAAGGUAUUACAACACCCAAUACACAACCUCACAGCCCUUUGAUUAUGUGGCAAGGUUUUGCAAGAUACACCUCUGGGAAUCGAUUCCAGUCAUUUCAAUUUAGCCACGGUUUGCAUUUAGUGACUCCCGGCUAAGACCCUCUUCUUAAUGCAGGGUUUACAUAUGUCCUUCUUGGUUCGUGAGAUCCUCCAGAGUGGUGCUCAUUCAUCAUUUCACGUACAGUAGAUCUUAGUUUAGCAGUGAACAGUACCUUAUAUGGAGGUUUCACUCCGUCUUAUCUCAGCGAUAUUAGAAAGAAUUCAAUUUAUAUUUGGUGUCAUGGCUCCAUCCUGAGAGGGGAGCACACCUCCUCUCCAUUUCAUGUGCAUACACGCUAUGUAGUAUAUAAAGCUAAGGCAAGGGGAGCAGCAGCAGCAAAAACCCAGAACAGAACAGGGGAGAUACUUGUGACAAUAUAAAAGACGUGGUAAGAUCAGACACAGUAUAAAAUGAGAAGCUCAGAUGAAGGUAGGUUGUUACAGUAGAAGGCAGGCUGAGGACGUUUAAACAGAACACUCAUCAUGACGUUUGCCAGUUGGAUGCGAGGUUAUCAGCUGAGCUGUCAGCAGAUAUUGGCCAGUAAAAGGGUCUGCAUAUAUACUGUGGGCUGAGCUUAACUUUCAUAUCCUGUGCUCAAUUCUACCAGUGUUCAGUCUGCCAGAAUAACAACAUCAAAGAGCAGAUUUGUGGAAAAAAGAGUAAAAAGUAAACUUUGCCAGGCUUGUCUUCAAGAGGAGUUAACUUUGAACAAAAGCGCCUUAUUCAUACUUGUUUGUUAAACUAGAACACUUCCAAUGCCAAACACCCCCAUCUCUGAGAACAGAUUCUACUUUUUUAUAUAGGUCCUGUAAAGGGGGAUUUAAUCUGUUCUUGUUUUAGAUAUUUUGCUUCAGGGCCAUCUAGUGAAAUGCAAGCUAUGCAAGUGGUAUGUCUGAAUUAACACAGAAGUGCUCUUAUCUUGUUGAAACUAGAUGUUUCAUUGUUGUGUUAUGCACUCACCUCAAUGUUUAAGCACCAUCAUCGUUUUCUUGUCUUGUUUGAAGGCCGUUAAUUACAUUCCAGUUUGCAGUAUGUAAAAAUCCAUAAGUGUUCUUUUACACUCCCUGUAUUUGUCCUUUCGGCACACAGGGAAGUCAUCGAGUCAAGUGACCGAGGAGACAGAAAUCCUUUGGGUCACAAUGACCAACAGUUAACAUAAUCAAGCGAGCAGCUUGUUUGUUUGAUUUUCAGAUGACGUGUAGUGCAGUUGUACAGUCAGCAAUUUCCUCGGUGAGCCAAAACUACAGAAAUAACAUAUUCCAUCGUGUCAGUGUCUAGACUGGAAAGACACAGGAGUCUUUAUCAGGCUGUUGUGACUGGUUUACUUCACAAAACUAUCUUCAUGAUGAUAAUUUAUCCUUGAAAAAUGCCUCUGUUUUAUAAAUACUGGUUUGAGUCCAAGUUUGUAGAUUACAGUAGAAUCCCAGUGUGUCUGUCAGUGUGGUGUCCUGUGGAAAAAAAGAGAAUCUUACCUUCAGGUUAUUUAGAUUAAACCAUAAUUAAACACAGGGAGGGCUGAUGAAGCUUGUUUGAUUAAUGGAGACAAAAUGAAGGACCUCUCCACAGUGAGUCAGCGCAGAAACAGACAGGCCUGCUGGAUAUAACCUCACAUAAAUAUUUAUGAAAGAGCACUGGUAGGUUCCAGUGUAGCAGGAGGCAGAGACAGAAUCCCCCAAAACAAACAGGACAGGAUGAAAGUGCUUGUGCUGAAGUAUUGGUGCUCCAGAGGCCAGCAGGACGAUUACACUUUGCCUGUUGUUCGUUGUUUGGAGUCACAGUGAGCCGUUCGCGUUCACUGCUCUUCAAAAUUUAAUUCGGUUUACUAGAACAAUGACAAUUAUAGUGACCGUUCCAGCCCUUGUCUUUUCCUCUGCUUCUAUAAUUAGAUUUACAUUAUGACUGGCUGGCUGGCUCUUAAAGGGGCCGUCAUGUCAUGGCUGCUUGGCACUCAAAAGGAAGGAACGUGUGUUUCUCUCAGCUGAAACACUCUUCUCAGCUUUAGCUUUUUGUCCUCUUUUUUCCCUCUCUAUGGGUUUGUCUUUCCUUCUAUGUGCAAUUGUACCACCCAUCCACCCCUCUAUCCAUCCAUCAUAGUCCCUCUGCCUUCAUCAUUUGAGACAAGGUGUUAAAUCUUGUUUAGAAACAUGUCCUCAGAGCUCACAAAAAGAGGACCGAACAUAAAUCCAAGCUGUCCCUUCCACUGCCAUUAUGUGACAAAACGGAUUGAAGGCUGCAUGAUGUUUUAUGUGCCCCAUAUUUCACGUCAUUACUCCUCUUCACUGUCCUCUCCUGUUCUUUUCUUCUUUGUCUCCAUCCUUUAUCAACAUAUUCUUCUUGUUUCUUUUUCCUCAGGAGCUGCCAGGGUUUCAUGCACAUGAAGUUCACACGGUGUAAAGAUGGAAAGUACGUGCUCGGACAGAACAGCCCUCCGUUUGACACCAUCCCAGAGGUCAUCCACUUUUACACCACACACAAACUCCCGAUCCGGGGCGCUGAGCACCUGUCCCUGCUGUUCCCUGUGCUGGUGCAGACACUCUGACUGACCCUGGUCCUCCUGUGUGAAAUCCAGGAUUUCAUUUUAACACUUGAAUGUCAUUUUGAGGAUUCCUAGUGGAGUACUUGUGCCCAUUUUGGACUGGAUCACUUUGGAUGAUUCAACACAGCAGGAGCUAAAACUUUCAUCUGCCGCUGCUGUUGUACCCGUGCCAAAAGUCUCUGACAUCCGGGGGAUCGAUUCAAAUGAAAUGCAAUACCUGAACUUGAGGCUACCCCUCUCUCAUCUCCUCCCUGAGCACUAGUGGGCAGGCUUCGGGACAUUUGAAAUUCUCUUUUUAACUUUUUUACAUUUCUUUCACAGCUGACUGAAAAGCAGGGGAAGCUAGCAGAGCUGUAGCCAGGAGAGGGUCUGUAAAUUGUGAAUGUACUGAUGUCCCAGUUUACACAAGCCCUGCAGAAAAGUGAGAUUGAAUCACUGCUGUUCCACUAAAAACACCUCAUUCACACGUUAAAAUAUGGCUGUUGUUGGGUGAAAACCUUAUCGGUGAUAUUUUGCUGCAUUUACAUGUUUAUACUCUAAUUAAAAAAACAGAUUGAUCUUCUUAAAAUGAGAAAUCAUCUUACCUUUUCGUAAUUGUUUGGAAAAAUCCGCUUUUCCACGAAGAAAUAGUCGUAUUUUCAAAGAUGUAUAAGGUUUUUACCCACAGCAGUUAUAUUGAUGAUGCUUUUCUACACAUGCCACACCUUUUUAUUGUCUUUUUGUCUGUCCUGUACCGUCAUGCUGCUGUACGCCGACACAUCUCAUUAUGUGUUUGAUUGUUCAUGGUAAGCAGCUAAGAUGACGUGUUGUAUCGGUACUUGUGUUGACCUUGCUUACCUGUAUCUCUAGAUGGUUGCCUGAACUGCUUUUAGUAGACAUUGCUGCGUUUGUUGAAAGCAGUCUGUCACUCCUGUCUUCGUCUUUUAACCGGCUUCAAGUUUCGCUUUGAGGCAGAGCUGCAGGCUGCAUCUGAAGCAAAAGAAAGAAAUGGUAAUUUUAAAGGGAUAUUCUGGCGUAAAAUAAUUUAGGGUUAAACACACUGUAACACUGAGUUAGACACCCCCUCGAGAGAUGAAUGUUGCCGACCGCCUGCUUCUCUAGUUAUACCAGUUAUACCAUCUUUUUAACUUUGCCUAAUUUCUUUAGCAAAGAGACUAAGCAAAACUCACCUACAAUCUUUUAGCAGCCGCUUGUUUGUUACGAGACCUGAGGCCAGUCCAUUAUGGACUACUGCGGGGUGUCGCAGCUCAAGGAAGAACAUUUAUGAUCAUUUCUUCUUGGAAAUGCAGUCAGACCAAGACGCUAAGGCAGAAGAACUACCGCGUCUGCAGUGCAAAAUGAUUUAUAUGGUGAUUAUUACUUAAAGGAAAUUGUUAAGUAAUGAUGUUACGGUGUGUUUGACCCCAAAUUAAUUUUAUGACAGAUUAUCCCUUUAAGGAGGAGGUAUUAUGUGGGAUGUCGACAUCUAACUCUGACAAAGUUUUAAAUUGUAACAUGUAAACAUGAUAAAAAAAAGUCUCCCAACAGUUCAUUCAAACAGCCAUAAAGAAUUAAAGGUACAGUGUGUAGAGACGAGGAUACUUUGCAAUGCUAAGCAUUUCAAGUUAGUCUGAAACACUGUCUUGCUCUCUCUCCUCCUGUUGGUGAAACAACGGUGGCCUUAAAAGAAUAGACGCUCCCUGUGAUGCAUGAUGAGUAGCCUGUGAUCUUCCAUUUGACAAGUUACCAUCAAAAACAUCUAUUUAUACAUUAUCUUUUGGGCACAACUCUCCUUCUUCUUCUGCUUUGUCUCUCAGCCAGUGCAUUUUUAGUCUCCAAAGACUAAAUUUAAAGCUUGUAAUAAAAUGAUAUGAAAAUAGCUUGUCCAUUCCGUGCUGCUGUAGAUACCUGGCAGUGCAGGACAACAGUCUCUAUGGAAGGGGACCUACUCUUUAUGUAGAUAUACGAGGCUCAUAGAAGUUCGCGAAAAUUCUAUUUUUUUAAUCAGGUAUUAAACACUAAUUUAAAUAUACUAAAUAAUAUUUUACUCCAUUUUUAUGAAGUCUGCUCUGUUAAAUGCUGCCGGUUUCUACACACCGUACCUUUAAGCAAGAGGGACACAUGGCUUAAAAUAAAGAACAAUAUUUAUGAUGAAUGACCUCCUUAAAAAAAACAUAUAUUGCUGCAAGCAUAGCAGAGCAGCCUCUUACAGCAGAUGUUUUCAGACUUAGUUGGAUAUUUGGGGCAUUUUUUCACAGGUACACCUGCUUCCAGAGGCAGAUAUAAAAAAAAAAAAAAAAAAAUCAAAGAUCCAGCCUUUGCUUAAAUCACACUUUCCGCAUUCAAGUCACCAACUUAACCAGGUCACCCAGCUAACAAACUAGAUGUCUACCGACCGAUACAUCGUGCUCUGCUCUUAGUUGCUUUGGAUUUUCUUGUUCUUCCUUUUUCAAACUUCUCUGGGUUAGAUUUAGUGUCCAAAGUGUGGCUGUAUUUAAUAAUUUGUCAUUUUGAAAUGGAGAACCAUCAGUACACUCAAUGACAGCUAACCCCAAAGAGACAGGAACUGAAACGAUUUUGAAUUGUAAAUCACUGCAGAGGUAUAAAGCCUGAAAAUGAGCAUAAUACCUCCCCUUUAACAGAAAAAAACCCUCAAACUUAUUAUUGUCGAUGCCAUCUCACACUUCCUACAUUAUUUUUCAGCUGGCAAAGUUACCCAGUGCUGGUUUGAGAGGAGUAUUUGAGUUAAAUGUUCGCCAUCUGGGAUGGGUUUCCAUGAAGAUGCAGAGCUGUAUUAGAAAAACUGAUUUCGGUCUGAAGCCAAAUUCUUCCGAACGCAUCCAGAACCACUGAAAUGAGUUAUUAGGAAAGUCAUUCAUAUCAUGAUAAUUUAAGUCAUCGUUUCUUGAUAUAAAAGUCUAUAUUGAAGAGUUGUAUUGGUUGUUAUGAUAUUGACUAUUUUCUGUCACUAAUAAAACAUGACAGGAUGUUUAAUUUAUCUCCUGUGUUGAAGAGUUUAA